CCCAUGACCCACCAACAUUAAAUCUAUAAAAAGAUGCACAACAAGGUCGACUCCUUACCGGUCAGAAGAUCAAACCCACCAACCCCACCCAUAUCCCGUCACCGCUCGACCAGCGACAUCGUUCAUCGUGUCAAAGAAAGCCUCACAAGAAGAGUCUCUAAACUCAUAUGUGGCAUUUUCUUAUCUCUUUUACUAUGUUUAGGCAUUGUGACUUUCAUCUUGUGGAUCAGUCUACGACCACACCGACCACGCGUUCAUAUCAGCGGGUUCUCGAUCUCGGGUUUGAGUCAAUCCAACGGGUUCGAGACGUCACAUAUAAGCUUCAAGAUAACAGCUCGUAACCCGAACCAAAACGUCCGCGUUUACUACGACUCCAUGAACGGAUCCGUUUACUACAAAGAGAAACGGGUCGGCUCGACUAAACUCACUAACCCGUUUUACCAAGACCCGAAGAACACGAGCUUGAUCGAAGGAGCCUUACGUGGACCUACAAUGGCUGUAAAUAAGGACCGUUGGUUGGAGAUGGAACGAGACAGGAAUCAAGGGAAGAUAGUGUUCCGUCUGGAGGUAAGGUCCGUGAUACGGUUUAAGGUUUACACAUGGCACAGUAAGAGCCAUAAGAUGAACGCGAACUGUUAUGUUGAGGUUGGUUGGGAUGGAAUGUUGUUGAGUGGGACUAAAGACAAAAAAUGUCCGUUUUAUUUCACUUGAACAAUAUAUGUUUCAUCCAUAAUAAUUUUACUACAUGGAUCUUUGUUUAACAUCUUAAUAAAAAUUUUGUUUGAAUGAUUAGAAAAUUAUUCAAAGAAUAUUGUUUUCAUGUGUAUUCAGUUUGGCUGUAACAUUCGCCCCAUGAUGACCUGUAUGAUUCUUUUAAGUUAACCAUUA